UAUGCCUUGAUUAUGCACCUCUUGCAGCUUGACGGGGUUACCUUAUACAUGGUACACCCAGCAACAAUGGUCGUCUCUGCUUGCGUUGCAGAGAUCGGCGACAUGCUGCUGGCGGGAAUGGAAGCACGCGCUGACAGCACUUACCGCUCCAGAAGAUUGCAGUGAGCGCCUAAGAUUUGAAGGUGAGACUGUCAAGUAUGUUGGCACUCCCAAAUGUUGAUAUCUACAUCGUCGUGUGCAAGACACCUUGAUUUUGUGGCCGUCACCUUUCUCUUUCAUCAAUAUCGUACCUGGCUUUCGUCCCAAAAGCCAGCUUUGAAGGUACCGAUUCGAGUGAGCACUUGCACUCGAAAUGUCGCAACACCAAGCAGUACCUUCAUCCUUCGGACCUGAAAGCCAACGCAAAAGCGAGGAUGCCAUGAGGCCGUCGAAUGAUAGCGGCAAAGGGCUGCUCAGAUCAGCGCCACACCCUUUGGAACCCAAGGUGAACUCUCCAGCCGCGCGUGAAUCCUAUGCAGCACGACUUGACUACGACCCACAAGAGGAGCCACCACCACCACGCCAUCCGUCAAGACAGAUGAUGCGCUGGGGUCCACCCCCUACCGAGUAUGCCUGGGAUGAGCGCGAUGAGCGAAGACCGUACGGCCGCAUGUCCUACGAUUAUGGUGGGCCGGCUAGACAUGACUACUAUGGUGACGACACGUGGUAUAGACAGCGGAACAGACGUGGAAACUCUGUCAGAGAGCCGCCGUCGUCUCGAGGCCCGCCUCCGCCGCAUAGACUACCACGUCAACAGCCACAGUGGGAAGAAGCCUCUGACGAGGAUGACGAUGACCACGAGCCGCCACGGAAAGGCAAGACAGAAGUACAGAACAGGGACUCACCGCCACCGGAGGAGAUGCUCAGGCUUCCUUUGACAAUGUGGAUGAACAGCUCGCUGAAGAACCACUUCGUCGCCACAUUGGGCGAGUUCGUUGGGACUACAAUGUUCCUCUUCUUUGCUUUUGCAGGCACGCAGGUGGCCAACAUCGGCAGCUCAGAUGCUACCAAAUCAACUACGAACCAGUCUAAUGGCUUCAGUCCAAUUGUGCUUUUGUACGUCGGUAUCUCCUUCGGCUUCAGCCUGAUGGUGAAUGUCUGGAUCUUCUUUCGCAUCUCUGGCGGGCUGUUUAAUCCGGCUGUCACAUUGGCCAUGCUCAUGGUCCGUAGCGUCAGCCUCGUCCGCGGUUUCCUUUUGCUCGCUGCGCAGAUAGCUGGUGCUAUAUUUUCUUCCUUCAUUGUGAAGACUCUGUUCCCAACAUCCUUCAACGUGCGAACGACGCUGUCGGCGUCAACGUCGCUCGUACGUGGCGUUUUCAUUGAGGCGAUACUGACCGCGGAGCUUGUUUUCACGAUAUUCAUGCUGGCAAAGGAGAAGCACAAGGCAACAUUCAUGGCGCCGGUCGGAAUUGGGCUUGCUCUGUUCGUGGCAGAGUUGGUCGGUGUUUAUUACACUGGCGGCUCGCUCAACCCAGCACGCUCGUUCGGACCAUGCGUAGUUACAGGCCACUUUGACAAGGAGCAUUGGAUAUACUGGGUUGGGCCAGCCGCUGGUGCUAUCGCAGCCGUUGGCUUCUACCAAUUCAUCAAGAUUCUCGAGUACGAGAUGGCAAACCCGGGCCAGGACGAAACUAGCGAGGGCGCCGCAGCGAAAGCUGCAACGCCAAAGAAGGAGAGCGUGUAAUGCACUACAGAUCAGUGAACCCGGCUGAGUUCAGUGUCUUACCCAACUGGAGAAUCGAUUCAGGGAGCGAGGUUUUCGACACUGGAGAGUUGCUGCGGAACGCUCAAUACUUUGUACAAGCCGUAAAGUCCACUU